GCGGGGCGCGCCUGCGCGCUGGCGCCCGCGGCGGUGGCGGGAAGCGCGGCUGAGAGGAGGAAAAAAUAUGGUAACCCACAGACUGUGCUGACAGAAGGAAGAAAACUCUACCUGCUCACAAACACUUCUUGUCAGGAUGCAAUUCCUACAGAUCCUGUCCAGGAAACCGGGGAGCCUGGAAAUGCUUUUUUUUCAAAUACCAUUUUGCCAAAAGCAAUUCCCAUACACAUGUCUGUCUACCUCUGCAUGUGUUUAUAGCAAAAAGAAAAAAGGAAGCAGUUAUGAACAAGUUGACCAAGAAAAAUACAAGAACUUGGUCCACUCUGUUACGUCUUACAAAACCAGCGCCCAAACACCAGAGACAAUACUUGAGGAAGACAAUUGGUUAUAUGGGCCACCAGCUAAACACAGCCCUCCAAUUAAAGCUGGGACAAAAACUCCCAAGAACUGGGUUCCUUUAAUAAACCCCAGCAAGAGAAUUCUUCCUGUCAGCAGUGAUUCAAACGUCCCCAUGAAAAUCGGGUUACAAAGAACGAAAAUGCCCAGUGUUACCCACAUCCUUCAACAAACCCUCUCUCCACAGCAAGUCUUUUAUCUGGAAAGAUGGAAGCAGAAAAUGAUAGAGGAGCUUGGAAAAGAGGGAUUUGAAGAGUAUACCAAAAAUGUUUUUCUCCGAGGAGAGCUCUUCCAUUCCGCUUUGGAAUCAAUAUUCCUGUCUGAAGAGACGGCAGUUAGGGACCAGGGUGAAGAUGAUAUCGUGGCUGGCUACUUGUCCAGUGUGGAACAUGUCUUGGAAGACAUCAGUGAGGUGAAGGCUCUGGAAAGUGGAGUUCACCAUGAGACCCUGCAGUACCUGGGCCUGGUCGACUGCGUGGCCAAGUAUCGGGGCCAACUGUGUGUGAUCGACUGGAAAACAUCAGAGAAGCCAAAGCCAUUUCUGCACAAUACUUAUGACAACCCAUUACAGGUUGCAGCAUAUAUUGGAGCCAUAAAUCAUGAUGCCAAUUAUGACUUCCAGGUUCGCUGUGGGCUCAUUGUGGUUGCCUACAAGAACGGCUCUCCGGCACAUCCGCAUUUCAUGGAUCCUGACCUGUGCUCUCAGUACUGGAACAAGUGGCUCUUGCGCCUGGAGGAGUACAUGGACAAAAACUGACCCAGACUAAGCACAACCAAGUGAUCUGAGCACAGAGACAAAGGAAGAACCCUUUGUUUAAAUGUACCACUUUCGUGUUCUUUUUUGAGUAACUUUGGCUAAUUUCUUUCUAGCAGGGUUCCCCCCUCUCCCCUCCCAAAAAGGUGAAUAACUUUAAAAUGGGAAAUAUCUGUUUGCUUAUAUUGUAGGUGACCCCAGCAGUCCAGGCAGAGCAAUGCCAACUUAUUUAGCCUCUCUUUUUUAUCCCACACAGUUAAUACAGCCUAAGGUUGGUAGAAAAGUUUCUACUGUCAAGUAAAACCUCUUGAUCAAA